CUCGUCCCUCAUCAAGCCACAAAACAGCCAAGUAGUAGCAGCGCAUAGAAGGUUCUAGCUCAGCUGGUACGUACGAGCUGAGAUGGCCGCCGUGAUCGCCUCGAGGGCGGCUGCACUCGUUGCACUGUUCGCCGUGCUUGCCACGUACGGCGGUCGCGCCGAGCCGGUGAGCAACAACGCAACCGCCGCUCGCCGACUCCUCGCCUCCAGCUCCGGCUGGCUCCCCGCCAAGGCCACCUGGUACGGCGCUCCCAACGGCGCCGGCCCCAACGACAACGGUGGUGCGUGUGGGUUCAAGCACACGAACCAGUACCCGUUCAUGUCCAUGACGUCGUGCGGCAAUGAGCCCCUGUUCCAGGACGGCAAGGGCUGCGGCUCAUGCUACCAGAUAAGAUGCGUCAGUGAGAAUAACCCCGCCUGCUCCGGCGAGGCCAAGACGGUGAUGAUCACCGACAUGAACUACUACCCGGUCGCCAAGUACCACUUCGACCUCAGCGGCACGGCAUUCGGCGCCAUGGCAAAGCCCGGUCUCAACGACAAGCUACGCCAUGCCGGCAUCAUCGACAUGCAGUUCAGGAGGGUGCCCUGCAACCACCGAGGCCUGACCGUGAACUUCCACGUGGAGGUGGGCUCGAACCCCGUCUACCUCGCGGUGCUCGUGGAGUACGCGAACAAGGACGGGACCGUGGUGCAGGUGGACCUGAUGGAGUCGAACUCGCGCUACUGGACGCCGAUGCGCCGCUCGUGGGGAUCCAUCUGGCGUCUCGACUCCAACCACCCGCUGAAGGCGCCCUUCUCACUGCGCAUCCGCAGUGAGUCCGGCAAGACGCUGGUGGCCAACAACGUCAUCCCGGCCAACUGGAGGCCCGACGCCGACUACCGCUCCGCCGUCCAGUUCACUUAACCGCACGCUACUCCUACAUGCUACAACCAUUCGUAAAGCAUUGGUGGUCCAGUUAUUUUGGUACCGUGUGAUUGCAAUGGGGUUGGCGAAUUUCAAUUAUGUGUUGUCGUUGAGUGUGUCUUGAGACGCGUGGGAAAUGGCGGAGGCAAGUAUUAUACAUGUGCUCUCCCGCCUACUAUUACAAGUGUUUACAAAUUACAUACUGUGGGAAAUACAACUUCACAUUUACUUAUACACACGUG